AUGUCAAGACCUAUUUCGCUAAAGGGCUCAACACGUAUGGUAACGGAAUUCUUCGAGUAUAGCAUAAACUCUAUCCUCUACCAAAGGGCUGUGUACCCCCCCGAGGAUUUCACAACAGUUAAGAAGUACGACCUGAAUCUGCUCAAGACGCAUGAUGAAGAAUUAAAGGAAUAUAUACGUAAAAUCCUGCUCCAGGUGCAUCGGUGGCUGCUCGGAGGGAAAUGCAAUAAACUGGUGCUGGUGAUUCUAGAUAAGGACGAGGGCGAGGUGCUGGAAAGAUGGGAAUUCAAUGUGCAGCGGAGCGAGCGGGCACCGCAGGAGGCUGCGCUCGAGUCCGCAGACCUGGAGGAGACGCAGAAGCAAAUUCGGGCGUUGAUACGGCAAAUCACGGCGAGCGUGACGUUUCUGCCGGAGCUGGCGAACGAGGGGAACUACACGUUCAACGUACUGGCAUACACGGACGCGAACGCGAACGUGCCGAUGGAGUGGGUGGACUCGGACGCACGCGACAUCGACAACGCGGAGGUGGUCCAGUUCCGCAACUUCAACACCGGCGACCACAGCGUGAAUGCGCAAGUCAGUUAUAGAUUCAACGGCUAA